AACAAACUGAGUUACAUACUUUUGUUGAAACUAGCCGCCGUCGGCAGGUCUCAGGCAGCGCAGAAAUGGCUAGACUGAUACGGCCCUUGCGCCAACAAUGGCCGCAGCUCAAUAACCACCAUUGUUGCCGCUCCAGUCCUUCGCUCCACCAUCUCCUGACCUCUCCAACUUCAACAUUAAGCUGCUGCAGAGCCGCUCCGCAACUUGUCUGUUUCGCUGCUACCCCUAUCUCCUCUCACCGCAGCGUCCACACUCGCACUCGCGCACGCGGUCCGAGAUUCGCAAACGCUCCGCGGUCGGCCGACGUCGACGAGAAGGAAGGCGAGAGCGGAGGCAGCGAUUCCGAAUCCGAUGGAAAGAAGAGCCGCAACGAGAAGAAGCGCGAGGCUCGCCGCGCCGUCCGUUGGGGGAUGGAGCUCGCCGCCUUCGCUCCUCCGCAAAUCAAACGGAUUCUCAGGCAGUUGAGUUUCUGUAAAGAUAUUGUAGCUAAGGUGUUUGUUCAAUUGUCGCAGAAAUUCGGACCAGACGUCAAAGAAGGGAAGCGAAGGCAAUAUAACUAUAUCGGUAAGCUGCUUCGUGAUGUAGAACCAGAGCUAAUGGACGCCUUGAUCCACGCAACCAAAGAUGGGGACUGGAGUAGGCUGCAGACCGUUCCUGGUUUCAAAGCUGAAGAAGCCAAUGACAAAGAAAUCGAAGAUGAAUUCGAAGAGGAAGAAGAGGUUUCUGAGGAGCACAUUGAGAUGUCAACCAGAUGGUUUGAUGGUUUAAUCACAAACGACGUUGACAUAACCAAAGAAGUUUAUGCAGUUCGCGUGGUUGAUUUUGAUCGUCAGGAGUUGCGGAAACUAGUACGAAAAGUGCAUGCAGUUCAAGAACGGGAAUCUGAUGGAGACGAGGAGAGUGAGAAGAAGGCGGCCGCUGCCAUGGCCACUGCCAAGAAGUCGCUCAACAGGUUCCUUCGUAUCCUUGCCAAGCAGAUGCCUACUGAAUAAUGAUACUGAAUCCAAUGCUAUUGAGUUUUAAUAAGAAAAAGAUGAUUAUUUCAUCAUUGGGCAAGU